AUGUCCUUCAAAUCCACGGGGCGUGGCACUCCUCAUAUCCGGCUCAACUCAGGACGUCAAGAUCCCUUUGCAGACUCCGACGACCCCUAUGCAUCAGUGCCGCAUCCUCAGAUCGGACGGGCGUUGACGCCGGGAAUGGUGCAGUCCCCAUCCGAUGGCACACUGCAAACGAUGUGGGGGUCGCCCACGCCCCAAGAAUCUACCGAGUUUCUGAUUCCGCCACGGCCCUACCGUGGCCACCGGGAGGAAAUGGAUAGUACGCGGUCAGCGGGGUUGUCGACCCGGUCGUCGCGGCGCACAAGCUGGAGCUCCGAGGGCGCCAGCUCGGACGCGCGAGGGUUUGUGUACACACCGUUUGAAGAGCUACGGUCCCCGUCACGCGCGGGUAGCGAUGAAGUGGACGUGAACACCCAGACGGUGUCGGAGAAGUACAAUAUUAUGCCCACGGAGGGACUGCUGCUGUUCCCUGAGGAUGUCGAAAAGGAUGACUAUCUGCACAACCCGGACCCGGCCGACAAGGAUUCAGAGUGCGACAUUUGGAACAGGAGGGGUAUUGCGAACGUUGGGGGAUUGAUCCUGAUCACUAUUGGCUUCUUGGUGUUGUUUGUCGGCUACCCUGUCAUGAUGGCGGUAGAGAGCUUCAGAAAACCGUCGAGACCAUCAUGUCACGAAACAGAUCCUCUGUGUCUCGAUGUCAGAGAGCAACCGGUACUUGCCAAUAUUCGCAGUGGGUUGAUAGACCCAGACACGCCAAAGUCUGCCUUGAGCAAAAAAGCGGCGAACGGCAAGGAAUGGCAGUUGGUGUUUUCGGAUGAAUUCAACACUCCGGGCCGAACAUUCUACGAUGAUGAUGAUGCCUUCUUUCAAGCAGUUGACCUGUGGUAUGGUGUCACGCAGGACUUGGAGUGGUAUGACCCUGAUGCAGUCACGACUAGAGAUGGUGUACUGGAGAUUCGCUUUGAUGCCUUUUCCAACCACGACGUGAAAUACCGCUCGGGCAUGUUGCAGAGCUGGAACAAGCUGUGCUUCUCCGGCGGUCGCUUGGAAGCAAGUAUCUCACUACCUGGCUCCGGUGAUGUAUCGGGGUUCUGGCCUGGUUUCUGGGCGAUGGGAAACCUCGGGCGACCUGGGUAUGCUGCGACAACCGAGGGCAUGUGGCCGUACAGCUACCACGACAAGUGCGAUGCUGGGAUCACGCCCAAUCAAAGUUCACCGGAUGGUAUCAAUUGGCUGCCCGGGAUGCGUCUCCCUGCAUGCACCUGCGACGGCUCAGAUCAUCCCUCCCCGGGGAGAUCGCGCGGUGCACCUGAGAUCGAUGUGCUUGAGGCCAACACUAUUGCCUUAAAUGGUAAUCAGAAUGCGUAUAUCGGUUCGGUGUCUCAGAGUUUGCAGAUGGCGCCGUUCGACAUCUGGUACAUGCCUGAUUAUGACUUCACCGCUGUCUAUGAUCCAAGAAUCACACAGCUCAACGCUUACCGUGGAGGCCCGUAUCAGCAGGCUAUGUCGGGCCUCACCAACCUCAACAACGACUGGUACAACGGCUCCGAGUAUCAGGUAUACGCCUUCGAAUACACGCCCGGCGCCGAGGGGGACAUUACCUGGUUUGUGGGUCAGGAUAAAACCUGGACACUAGACGGUCGAGCCAUUGGUCCCAACGGGAACGUUGGCCAAAGACUGGUCCCUGUCGAGCCGAUGUCGAUUAUCGCGAAUCUGGGAAUGGCAUGGAACUUUGCACCGAUUAACGAUAGUAUUAUGAGCUACCUGCCGGGUUAUCUGCGGUUCGACUAUAUCCGGAUCUACCAGGAUCCAGAGCACACUAGCGUAACCUGUGAUCCACCUGGCUACGAGACCACGGACUAUAUCGCAAGACACCCGGAAGCAUACCGUAACGUGAACAAAACCACUUGGCAUGAUGCCGGAUAUGACUGGCCUAAGAACACCUUGAUGCAUGGAUGUUAG